CAUCAAGUGGGCUCUAGUUUUCGUGUGUCGUUCUCUUUGAAUCUGUGGUGCAGCUGCUUGUCCCGCCGAAUCAGCUUCGUGGAAUGGGGAGAAUUUUAAUCAAUUAGGAGACGACUCCCAGGCCCUUUUCCCUUGAAGGCCUUAUUUCUUCCUACAGAACUCAGUCCCGGACUGCGGAGCAGUGGCAAUGGCAUCGGAUUCGCAAGGGCCGGUCGUGGCCGGCAUUGCCGUUGGAUUUCUGGCGUUGACCGUCAUCGUGUUGUCGCUACGGCUGUUUUCUCGCAUUGUUGUUUUGGGGAAGAUGGGAAUCGACGAUUACCUAAUUAUUUUUGCAUGUCUCUUCGCGUGGGCAUUCUCAGCAGUUACCGUUGUCGCGGUGAAGUAUGGGCUGGGAGCCCACCUUAAAGAUGUUGACCCCAGUCUCCUCGAGACUUAUGCUUUUGUCGUUUGGCUGAGUUCGAUGUUUUAUUUGACGACGCUGGGAUUUAUCAAGUCCUCGGUUUGCCUGUUUUACACCCGCUUGGGCGAUCGAUAUCUUACGCGACUAUCCUUGGUGAUGCUGGUGGUGGUGGUCGCGCAGGCGAUUGCCUUGGUCUUGACGGCUGCAUUUCAAUGCAAUCCCAUUCCUAAGGCGUGGAACACGGCAUUGCCAGGAAAAUGCGUCGAAAUCAACGUUUUCUAUCUGGCCAACGCGGCGCUCAACAUUUUCACCGACCUCCUAACCUACACUUUACCAGCGCGAGUCAUUUUCCGACUGCAGAUGCCGAUGAAACAGAAGAUUGCAUUGGCAUUCAUUCUGUGCCUGGGACUAUUUGCCUGCGUUUCCUCUAUCAUCCGUAUCACCUAUAUUCCGGCCAUGCUCACAUCCCCCGACACCACCUACGCCAUUAGCGGUGCCAUGUAUUGGUCCGUGAUCGAAAUCAACGUCGGCAUUUUCGCGUCGUCCAUUCCAUCCUUCAAAGCCAUUGCAUCGCGCUUCCUUCCCCGACUCAUUGGCGAAUACUCCCGCGGCAGCAGCAAAGGACACUACUGGUCAGGGGCGAAGAAGUACGGAUCGGGCUUCUCCAAAGUGCGCAACCAAAGGAUUGAGCUCGACACUCUUCACGGCAAGCACUCCGACGGAGACAAUAUGAUGGGCGCGGAAAUUCGCGGGCCGUUCGGCAGCAGGUCCAGUCAAGACCGCAUUAUCAUUCCGGAGGGCCGGAUUUACACACAGACCGACAUUGAGACGAGCGUGGAAGAAUGCCCGCCGGCCGGUACGCCUCCUUCGGCACAUGAGCAACGCUUCUAGGCUCCUGCAGUUGGGUCUGAAUCGACUACCGCUAUGUUCGGAUAGGUAACAUCUCCU